GAGGAGGAUGGUCCUUGUAGUUCUAAGCCGUUGGGACACGGAAUCUCCCUGCCCGCUGCGACCGCUUCUGUGGGGGCGGGUGGUCGUGAGAUAUCCGAAUGAGAGAGCCAGCGGAAACAGAACGUCAAAAGGCGUGGACAGAACUGACGGAGUCACGUAAGGGGUAUCCGCAAGAGCGAAAGUGCUGUGGUGACCCAGUGGCCUAAUGGAUAAGGCAUCAGCCUCCGGAGCUGGGGAUUGUGGGUUCGAGUCCCAUCUGGGUCGCAUCGCUUCUUUUUGUGGCCAGGGCUCUUCUUUAAUGUCAUUUAGCAUAUCAAAAUGUCAUUUCAUUUAGGAGUUCGUAAGAUGUGACUUACCAUCUUAGUAAAGAAUCAGAGAUAUCGUAAAUCCAAAAUUAUACAGCAUUUACUUGUGCAGUUUGCUUUUGUAUUUUUUUCAUGCAGUUGGCAGUAUAGAGAGCAAAAUCUCAGUUCUAAGAAAAGAAGUAUUUGGGGCCAAGAUUCAGAAAAGUGAUUUUUGCAUAAUACAUUUUUUUUUUUAAGAUGGGAUCUUAUUUUAAGGUUCUCUAAUCUUCUCAGGUGACCCUUCAAUCUUCGCAGUUUAAUUAGACAUACCUUCCCAAUUUCCUGUUAACUCCAGGAGAUAUACCCCAGGUCGAAAUAAGGUGUUCAGAGCCCAGAAAUAGUUGUCUUUCAAUAUUAAAGUGUUUUUAGGAGAAUUGUGCCACUGAGAAAAACAGAAAUGCAGCUAGUAAAGAUUUCUCUUUGGUGGAUAAAAAUGAUUUCUGCCUGCUAAGUGUUAUCAACAGCAAAGUGUAAACAGCUUUGAAGGUGUGCUGGUUUGGAUAGUCAGUUGAGCCAAACACAAGAAUUUAUUAAGUACUUCUAGUGCUUGGGGUUGAUUCAUAAAUUGCUGUAAUCAUACAGACAAGAGCAAUAUAGGCUACAGUUAACAAGCAUUUAUUAUGUGCCUACUGUGUGCCUGGUACUGUGCAAAGUAAGCCUUGGGGAUAGUCAGCCAGGCAGUCAAAUUAAGAUUUAUUAAAUGUCUACAUUUAAUGUCUACACCCUACAGCCCCCAGGGCAAAAAAAAAAAAUAGAGCUCUCAAGGACUUCAGAGCCUAAUAAUGGGGGAGAGGGGGAGACAACGUGUAAACAACUGUGUACAAAUAAGAUAUAUACAGGAUAAAUAGGAAAUAAUUGAAAGAAAGAAGGCACUGGCAUUUAGAGGAACCAGGAAAGGCUUCUUGAAGGAGGUAGGAUUUUAGCUGGGACUUGAAAGGCAGGGAGGCCAGGAGAUGCAGAUAAUAAAGAGGAUACCAAACUUGGGGGGGGGAGCAGUAAAAAUAGAGGUUUUUGUAUGAGGACCAGCAAGGAGACUGGUACCAUUGGACUAUAUUUAAGGGGUAAUGUGUUAAAAAAAAUUGGAAAGGUAGAAGGGGGCUAGGUUGUGAAGGGCUUCAAAUACAAAAUAGAAGAUUUAAACCCAGAAGUGACGGGAAGUCACUGGAAUAUAUUGAAUAAGGAAGUGACAUGAUCAGAUCUGUGCUUUAGAAAGAUAAAUUGGAUAGUUGAGUAGAGAAUGGACUGCAGUAGGGAGUGACCUGAAACAGAGAAGGCAACCAAAUGCUAUUACAAUAAGGCAGAUAUGUGGUGACAAGGAUCUACACUAGGGUAAUGGCAAAAGAAGAAGAAAACCUGAAGAAGAGAUGAUACUCAAUGGAAUCCACAGUAUUUGGCAACAGCUUGGAAACAGAAAGGAGAGAGAAUUGAGUCAAAAAGGUUUCCAGCCUGGGUGAUUGGAAGGAUGGUGGUAUUCAGGACAGUAGUAGGAAAGUUAGAAACAGAGGAGGGUUUGGUGGAAAAAAUAAUGAGUUCAGUUUUGGACAUGUUGAGUUGAUGACAUAUUGAUGCCAAUAUGUCCAUCCAUGUAGGGAUGUCCAAGAAGCAAGUGGAGAUUUGAGACUAUUGAUUAGGGCUAGAUAACUAAAUCUGAGAAUCUUCUGCUAAAAAAUGAUUGAAUCUUUGGUACACGAUGAGAUCACCAAUAGAGGGAGAAAAGAAGAGGGCCUUAGACAGAAUCUUGAGGAACGCUCAUGGUUAGUGGGUGAGAUUUGAUUGAAGAUACCACAAAGGAGAAUGAGUGGUAAAACAAAUAGAAGAACCAAGAAAGAAUAGUGUCAUAAAAACCUAGAGUGGAGGGAAUCCAGGAGAAGGUGAAUGAUAAUGUCAAAAGCUUCAGAGAAUUAAAAAAGAUGAGGACUGAGAAAGGACCAUAGUAUUUAACAAUUAAGAUAUCCUUGGUAACUUUGAAGGAAACAGUUCAGUUGAAUAAUGAGGUCAGAUGCCAGAUUUCAGAGAGGAAAGAAAGUGAAGGAACCAAUUUUAGACAGUCUUCUUAAGGAGAGAUACAGAAUGACAGCUAGCAGGGAUGGAUGGAUCCCUUGAAGAUUUUUUUGAAGACAAGGGAGACUUGGUGUGUUUCUAGGUAAUGGGAAAGCAAUCAUUAGGGGAAAAUUGAAAAUUAGUAGGAGAGUAGGAAUAAUAGAGGGGGCAAUCUACUGGAGAAAAUGAGAUUGAAUAAGAUCAUAUGCAUAUAGAGGGGUUAGUCUUGGUAAGAAGGGUCAAACCUUCACAUGAGAUAGGUGUGAAGGAAGAGACAGUGGUAGAAGGCUUCUGAGUAAUGUGAGAUGAAAUGGUUAGAAGAUGGAGAUCUCAGUGAAUCACUGCAACUUUUUCAGUGAAAUAUGAGGCAAGAUUAUCAGUUGAGAAGGAGGAGGGGAGGGAGAGACAUAAGAGGUUUGAGAAGGUAUGAAAAGAUUUGGAAAAUUUACUCUGGUGAGUCUGACAAUGAAUCAAUUAGGCAUGUAUAAAGUGGAUGUAUACAGCUUGUUGCUGUAAAGGACCAGUCUGAGACUCUUAUUGUUCAAUCAUUCAGUCAUGUCUGAUGCUUUGUGAUCACAUGGACCUAGUAUUCCAGGACUUUCUAUGCUCUACUAUCUUACCAAGUCUGUCCCAGUUCAUGUUUACUGUUUCUAUGACACUAUCCAUCUCAUCUGCUGCCAUCCCCUUCUCCUGUCUUCAAUCUUUUCCAACAUCAGAGUCUCUUCCAACACGUCCUGUCUUCUCAUUAUGUGGCCAAGGUACUGAAGCUUCAGCUUCAUUCAGUGUUUGACCCUCAAGUGAAUAGUUAAAUUAAAUUCUCUAAGAACUGACUGAUUGAUCUAAUUGCUGUUCAAGGGAUUCCCAGAAGUCUUCUCCAGCACCACAAUUCAAAAAUGUUGAUUAUGUGGUGCUCAGCUUUCCUUAUACUCCAACUCCUGAAGCCAGGGAAAACAAUAGCUUUGACUACGUAGACCUUUGUUAGCAAGGUGAUAUCUCUGCUUUUUAGUAUCCUGUCCAGAUUGGCCGUAAUUUUCCUUCCAAGAAGCAAGCAUAUUUCAAUUUCAUGGCUGCAGUCACCUUUUGGGUUGUUGAAAAAAAGUGUUUGCUAUAAUCAGCCAAAGAUGGUUGAUGUGACAUAAAUUUGUAGUGGGUCUGGUCAGCCCAGUUUCAUGAUUUGCUUCCGCUUUAUCUCAGUAGCAUGUAAGUGGGAAACAAUAAUGGGAGUAAUCCAAGGCUAAUAAGGCUUGGAAGGUUAAGAUGGGAUAGAAUGGAGGUAAGAGACUUGAAAGAAAAGGAUAGGGUAGAAUUUAGACUGUUUCGCAAAGGGAUUCAAAUGGGAAAAGGAGAAGAGUCUAACAAGUUAAGAGGUGAUAACAUGGAAAUAAACUGAGGAUUGUAGGAAUUUGGAGGUCUCAAUGAGGAUGAAGAACUGGGUUUAGAAUUGUGAGGCAGAGGUAAAAUAUAACUUUAACAGAUUGUCAUCACAUGAGGAAAUUUCAAAGUACUUAAACAUGGAAGUAGCAGGCAGGCAGGAAGGAAACAUUUAUUCAGCACAUACUCUGUGCCAGACAUUGUGCUAAGCACUUUACAAAUAUUAUCUAAUUUGAUCCUCACAACAGCCCUUGGAGGUAGAACACUUGAUCAAAGGUAUGACCAUCUCUGUAAAUCUGAGGUGGGAUGGAGGAGCAGGUUAAGGGAAACAAGUAAGUUGAGAGAUUUGAAAGUUAGGGUGUUUGAGGAAGUUAUAUCUGUAUAUUGAAGUCCCCUCUGUGAGGGAAAGAAUUGAGAAAAAGACAAUGAGACAGGCUCUGAAUUAAUUGAGGAAGGAAGGAUUCCAUAGGUAAUAUCUAUCAGAAUCUCGAUUGGUAAAUCUGGAUAUUUGUCUCCAGUAAAUUUGGUUAGGGUUAUCCUCUUUUACUUAGUGACAUAGGUAGAGGGAGAUACUUGAAAUGACAAUGGAGAACAAGGAGAAUUCCAGGGCAAGAAGAAGGAAGGAGUGGAAAAAGAAAAGUUUUAAGACAAAGUAACUUUGUUAUCUGUGGAACAUAUUCCAAGGAACUUAGGGUGGAAGGGAAUGGGUAACUUUAUAGUGGGACAUUAUAGAAUUGGAGGAAAGGGAAUGGAAAUAAGGGAGUAGGCAAUGUGGGAUCGGGUUUGGAGUUUGAUCUUAUGAGUUUGAGAGGCCCUUGGUUCUUUCAGUCAAUAAAGCUGAUCAAAAGGGUAAUAUCUUCAUUAGAAAAAAUGGCUAUUGGCUAGGAAGAUGGGUCCCAACCUAAGCCUAGAUUGUGAGAUGUCAUGGACUUGGAGUUGCUUGGAUAGUGUAGAACACAGGUGAAAUGUAAAUUCCUUCUGGAUAGUCUCACAAACUGAUUCAUGUUACAAUGCUUAUGACUCAACCUCUGAGGAAAUGGUAAUUACACAUUAUUUUCAGGUAUAAUUAUAUACAUAUAUUAUGUAUACAUCUAUAUACAACAUAUACAUAUAAAUACAUGUGUUCUAUAAGCUCAUUUCAAACGAAAUUUUCCCUCUGAGUGGUGACCUGUUUUUUCUUGUCCUUUUCUCUUUCAUCCCUUUGCUGUCAGUUCCUUUUAUUCUCAUUUUCACUUUGCUUUCUUUUUCUCUAUUUGCUUGUUUUGGAAAAGGCCCUUUUUGGGUAUGAAGCAGUAAGUAACUUCUUUAUAAAGGCUUUAUAAAAUGCCUCUUGCUUGUUGAACUUCCUUUGGUUUGUAUCUGGGGCUGAUUGCAAUCUCCAAGCCUUCCUAGGAACCCAGAGAACUUUCCAGAAUUGAGGAUAUGGACAAACAUGCUAAAUAGGCCAAGCUGAUUUACGAAGGGCAGAAAAUAUUUAACUGGAAUGAGGAUAAAAAUGGAGUUUAAAUGGGUCAUUCCCAAAGAGUGUGAUUUCUGGGCAUUUUAAAGUUUUGAGGAUGAAAAUAAAUCUUCUCACCAUCGCCCCCCAAACAGGAAGCUACAGGGGAGUUUAUCUUCCUAAAAGUCAUUAGAAUGUGAGUGUCUUGAGAAAGAGACCCUUACUUUUCUAUUUGUAUUCAAAGAAAUUAGGCCAGUACUUUGCACAUAAGUACAUUUCAUUUAAAAGUAUGAAAAUGUACCAAGAAAGAUACUUUGUCCAACUCCCCACACACACACACCCAUGCAAGUUUCACAUACACAGAACAAAACUAUGUGACUUACAUUUUGGACUGAUCCUUUUUUAAAUCUCAAUUCAACUCUAGUCGAAACAAUCAACAAUUUUAGCAAAGUUGCAGGAUACAAAAUAAACCCACAUAAGUCAUCAGCAUUUCUAUAUGUCUCCAACCCAUUUCAGCAGCAAGAAUUAGAAAGAGAAAUUCCAUUUAAAAUCACCCUAGAAAGAUAUAGACUCUAAAUGAACAUCCUAGUGCAAAUACCAACAACAUGGAAAUGGGUUCUGAUCAAGGACACAUGUAAUACCCAGUGGAAUUUCGAGUUGGCUAUGGGAAGGGAGGGAGAAGGGGAGGGAGGAAUAGAAAAUGAUUUUUGUAACCAAGGAAUAAUGUUUGAAAUUGACCAAAUAAAAAAAAUUUAAUGAAAAAAAAAAAGAAUAGAACUCAAAAAAAUAAAAUAAAUAAAAUCACCCUAGACAAUAUAAAAUACUUAGGAAUCUAUCUGCCAAGACAAACACAGGAACUAUAUGAACACAACUACAAAACACUCUCCACACAAUUAAAACUAGAUCUAAACAAUUGGAAAAACAUUGAUUGCUCAUGGGUGGGACGAGCUAACAUAAUAAAAAUGACAAUCCUAGCCAAAUUAAUUUACUUAUUUAGUGCCAUACCCAUUGAACUACCAAAAGAAUUUUUUACUGAAUUGGAAAUUUACUGAAUUGGAAAAAAACAUAACAAAGUUCAUUUGGAAGAAUAAAAGAUCAAGGAUAUCCAGGGAAAUCAUGAAAAAAAAAAUGCAAAGGAAGGAGGACUUGCAGUACCAGAUAUCAAACUACACUAUAAAGCAGGGGGUCAUCAAAACAAUUUGGUACUGGCUAAGAGACAGAAAGGAGGAUCAGUGGAAUAGACUUGGGGUAAAUGACCUCAGCAAGACAGUCUAAGACAAACCCAAAAAUCCCAGUUUGGGGGACCAAAACCCACUAUUUGAUAAAAACUGCUGGGAAAAUUUGAAGACAGUAUGGGAGAGAUUCGGUUUGGAUCAACAUCUCACACCCUAUACCAAGAUAAACUCAGAAUGGGUGAAUGACCUGAAUAUAAAGAAGGAAACUAUAAGUAAAUUAGGCAAACACAGUAUAGUAUACUUGUCAGAUCUUUGGGAAAGGAAAGACUUUAAAACCAAGCAAGAACUAGAAAAAAACCACAAAAUGUAAAAUCAAUAAUUUUGAUUACAUCAAAUUAAAAAGUUUUUGUACAAACAAAACCAAUGUAACUAAAAUCAGAAGGGAAGCAACAAAUUGGGAAACAAUCUUCAUUACAAAAACCUCUGACAAAGGUCUAAUUGCUCAAAUUAUUUAUAAUUGCUCAUUUUUUAAAAUUUUUUUAUAAUUGCUCAUAUUUAUAAUUGCUCAAAAUUUAUAAAGAGCUAAACUAGUUGUACAAAAAAUCAAGCCAUUCUCCAGUUGAAAAAUGGGCAAGGGACAUGAUUAGGCAAUUUUCAGUUAAAGAAAUCAAAACUAUUAAUAAGCACAUAAAAAAGUGUUCUAAAUCUCUUAUAAUCAGAGAAAUGCAAAUCAAAACAACUCUGAGGUAUCACCUCACACCUAGUAGAUUGGCUAACAUGACAGCAAAGGAAAGUAGUGAAUGCUGGAGGGGAUGUGGCAAAGUUGGGACAUUAAUUCAUUGCUGGUGGGGUUGUGAAUUGAUCCAACCAUUCUGGAGGGCAAUUUGGAACUAUGCCCAAAGGGUUUUAAAAGACUGCCCUUUGAUCCAGCCAUAGAACUGCUGGGUUUGUACCCCAAAGAGAUAAUAAGGAAAAAGACUUGUACAAAAAUAUUCAUAGCUGCACUCUUUGUGGUGGCCAAAAAUUGGAAAACGAGGGGAUGCCCUCCAAUUGGGGAAUGGCUGAACAAAUUGUGGUAUAUGUUGGUGAUGGAAUACUAUUGUGCUCAAAGGAAUAAUAAAGUGCAGGAAUUCUAUGGGGACUGGAACAACCUCCAGGAAUUGAUGCAGAGUGAGAGGAGCAGAACCACGAAAACACUGUACACAGAGUUGUACACUGUGGUACAAUUGAAUGUAAUGGACUUCUCCAUUAGUGGCAAUGCAAUGACCCUGAACAACUUGGAGGAACCUAGGAGGAAAACCACUAUCCACAUCCAGAGGAAACACUGUGGGAGUAAAAACACUGAAGAAAAACAACUGCUUGGAUGCAUGAGUGGAGGGGAUAAGGCUGGGGAUGUAGACUCUAAAUGAACAUCCUAGUGUAAACAACAACAUGGAAAUAGGUUCUGAUCAAGGACACAAGUAAUAAAUACCCAGUGAAAUUACACCUUGGUUGCGGGAAGAGUGGGUGGAGGGGAGUGAGGGAAAUAAUGUGAUUAUUGUAACCAAGGAAUAAUGUUCUAAAUUGACUAAAUAAAUUAAUUCAAAUGGAAAAAAAAAUCUCAAUUCAACUAAACAAGUCCUUAUAAAUAGCUUCUAUGUACAAGGUGCUCUGCCUAGGGGAAAUGAGCUCAGGAAGCUUUAAAGUAUAUCUUUUUUUCUUUUUAAAGCAGAUAAUAUCACUUCAAAUGGAAGUCAGAAUAAUUGACUUGAAAAUAAGGGGUAAGUCUACUCCAACAUCCCACUAUCUGCAGGAAUCCCACCUACAGUGUCCCAAACAUACUCCUUCUGUUUCAGAUGUAUUAAACAGAAGUGAUGGGACUUUAUUACCCUAGGAACCAAGGCCUUACAUAGUUGGACCGCUCUACUCCACAGAAAAUUUUAUUAUCUGAAAUAGAGAUGUGGUCAGCAGAAUCACAACUCUUUGGAGAUUAGAGAUCACUAUCCUUUGUAAAGCACUCUAUACAUGAACAAAUGGUUUUUAAGCUCCUCGGGGAUUGAGAGUUUCAUUUUUAUCUUUAUAAUUCCAGAACCAUCACAAACCUUGCAGACAGAGGCACUUAAUAAAUAUUUGUCGAAUUGAACAAACCCCUAUGAAGCUGGCCAUACAAAUAUUAUCACAUUUUGCAGAUGAAAUAAUUGAUCCUGAAACCUUCUAAGAUUUAUCCACAUAUAGCUUGUGUGCUUCAAGGAUUAUUGUCUUAGUUCUGUCCCUUAAGAGGACUCUAUUCCUGACAUAAAAUUUAAAGUAUUUUCUUAAAAAGUCCUUCCUUGUAAAAAAAAUAACCCUCAGAAUAAAAAAUGAAAUAUUUCAAAAUUACAAAGUCCAAGCCAAAGGACAGAGAAGACACCUCCUUUGUGCUCCUUUGCAGAGGCAUUGGGGUCUACUUAUUUAAAGUUUUGCAUAUAUGCUAAAGCACAAAAUAAAUAAAUAAAACAUUGCAUAUAAUAUCAGGGCAUUUUAACAUGUUAAUUGGUUUUACCAUUUUCUCUUGCUGAAAAAAAGUCUUUGUAAUAAGGAAAAAUUUAAGAGAGCAAGAAAGGGAAAGAUAUGGGAAAGGGUAGGCAAAGUUAGAACAAAAAAGAAAAGAACCUUUACAUAUUCCCUUAGUCUCUUCCAGUAUUUUAAACUAGGCCAUCUUCUCUUGCCACCUGGUCCAGAAACUAUGCUCUGAUAACUACCGCUUUCAGUCCAAGAACUACUGCUUGGGGUGGGGGUGCUGCUUUACUGAUUAGUGGGUACCUCACCUAGAUCCCUAGAUCCCAAGUCCCAGCUAUUCUUUACUUUAACUAUCCUCCCCACCAUUUUUUCCCCAGUAGACUUGCCACUGCUUUGGUGUCAAGUCCUCCCUUCCCUGCCUCCACAACCCUUUCUACUUUCUAGUUUCUGGAAACGUACUCAAAUCAAUAUUGCUAUCUUUACUGAAAAAGAUAUUUCAAUCUACUUCCCUAUCGUUGUACUUAUUACACCUCUAAUUUUCCAAACCAAAACACACCUCUCAGGCCAUUGUUCCUUAUAUAUUUCAUUUCCCUGUAUUCGAAUUAUAUAAAUUGCUCAGGAGCCAGGACUGUAUUCAUUUUGUAUUUUUAUAAUGAGUGCUUAGCACAAUUCUUGCACAGAGUAAGAGCUUAAUAAAUGUUUUCUCAUUCAUUAGUUGAUUCAGUUUGAGAUUUCCAUAUCUCUCAUUAUCCUGGCAUUCUCUAGUGUGUCGAUAGUCUUCUUAUAAAAGGUGACCAUCAGAACUGAAAAAAAUGGGUUCAAAGCUCUGGUUCCCUAUAUUACCUCAGCAUAACACUUAACGUUCCUGCACUUGUUCUCUCAACUGUAAAAUGGACUGUUAGAUCAAUCCUUUCUAGCUUUAUAUCUGUGAUCCUAGAAUAAGAAAGAAGUCUAAGAAACAGACUUUCACAAGACCCUCCCUUAUAGAGAGAGACCCCAAGAUCCCAUGAACCAGGUCAAAGAUGUGUGAGGUUUCUGUGUUUUCUUUUGUUUUGUUUUGUUUUUGUUUUUUAACCAGGCACAUCUUUGUGUUCCUGAGCUCCAAAGCUUAUGAGUUUACCCAGGCUUCCAUGUGCCUUUUCUGGCACAGUGUAUCUGUCUGUCUAAUCCUGAUGGGAGAGAUGUGAGAUCAGGAGCAAUGUGUGACACUGAGAUAUUAGGGACCACAUUGACCCAGAUACAGCAGGCACUACAGAUGUCAGGCCUGAGCAAAGAACCAGCUGGUCUCCCUCUUUUUUUUUUUUUUCCAGACCCUGGUCCAUCAUGAUCUAAUCCUUCCAACCAAAAAUGAAAGGGGAAAAGGGGUGAGCCCAUCCCUUCUAGAGGAGAGAGGAUUCUCUCUCAUACCCAGCAGAGAAGACCCGGGCUCAGGGGACGCUGGGAGCCCGUGCUCCUGGGGGAUGGGGGGACAAGUGGAGGAAAGCUAGACCACGGCCUCGGAUGGAGAAUAGUACCGGCGCCCGCAAGGAUGCAACCCUGGAGCUGGGAAGUCUGUGGCCACCUCAUGUAGCGGCUGCAUCUCUGGACAAUAGUGUCAACAAGCGCCGCCUGUCCUGGCGUACUACUUGGCCUGUACUCACACCCCUGCGGACUCGGGGACCUCCUCUGUCUGACCCUGGGCCCCUGUCAGUGGAGGACCAGUGCCCUCCGCUUAAUGGGCGCCUCAAUUCUCCUGAACGAACCAGGCCUGACCAGGAAGGAACACCCCUGAGCAACCACUCAAAGGCUUCCUGGCUCAGCCACCAGCUGCUCCGUCUUCGCCCACCCCGCAGAGAUACUGGCCUUGUGGAGAGGACCUGUGAGACUGAAUGCAAAUGGGAUAUGGAUGAAAAAGAAUUCUAUUGCAUGAGUGAAUUUGCAGUGAAUGGAAUCGUCCAUGAUGUAGAAGUGCUUGGGGAAGGCGUCCGGCUGGUCUCUCUGCUGGUCAACAGUCACGGGCUGUACAAGACUAACCGGCUCUAUAUCACCCCAGAUGGCUUCUUUUUCCGAGUUCAUGUGCUUGCAUUGGAUUCCUCCAGCUGCAAUAAGCCAUAUCCAGAUUUUACAUUUGGCAGCAGGUAUAUCGUCAUGGGUCACAUCUACCACAAGAGGCGGCAACUCUCCACAGCUUUGCUGCAGGUCGUACAAGGGCGCCUGAGGCCUGGAGAUGGAUUGCUCAGGAGUAGCAGCAGUUAUGUGAAAAGAUUUAACCGCAAAAGGGAUGAGAAAAUCCAAAGGGCAGCUCAUAGCAAGUGUAUCUGAAGCCCCUUCCCAUGCUUGUCUGUGGGAGUUCAGUCACUCCAAGAACAUCUACCUUCAUUCAGCCUAGCCUGGGCCCCCACUACUUCCUUGGGAAGUCUUUGAGUUCAGCCAGUUAUGAAUUCCUUCCAGUAUUGCUAAUCCUGAGGAUGUUGUUGUUUGUGAAUAUAUGAAAUGUCUCUUAAAAUUUUUUUAACUUUGGGAGCAGCUGAGUGGCUCAGUGCAUUGAGAGCCAGGCCUAGAGACAGGAGCUCCUGGGUUCAAAUUUGACCUGAGAUAUUUCCUGGUUAUGUACUGAUUCUAAGACAGAAGCUAAGGGUUUUUAUUAAGAAUUUUUUUUUCUUAAGUUCAAUUACAGAUAUUCAAAUAUAGUAUAAAGACACACUGAUUCAGAGCUCAGAUAGUUGACUUAUUCCAAUUCAUAAGUUACUGCUUCAUAUUCAAUUUAUUUUUUAGGGUUAAUUAUUUUUUGCUAUGUGUUUUGCUGCUUUAAAUUAAACAUUAUGAUUUUCUAGGAAAAAUAAUUCACAGAAAAUAUUUUCUUUUUAUUGAACUAAAAAAUCUUAUCUAUUUUGGGUCUUGAUUGAUAGGCAGUUCUAUAGUUGUAGAGAGUUUUCUGAGGGUAUUAGGAGGUUAAAUUACUUACUCAUGAUUACAAAGAUUGUAUUUUCAGAAGCAGGACUAGCUCCUAGUUUUUCCUGACUCCAAGACUGAGCCUCUAACCACUCCACAAUCCUGCUUCUCUAGCAAUAAAUAUACUAGACUGAUGAAAUAUAAAUGUGGAACUUCUUUGAGAGUCUACAGAUUCCAAAAUGAAUCGAUCAAUCAAAUAUUUCUUAAUGGCCUUCCGUGUGCCAGGCAGUAAGCUGAGUUCUAGGAAUAUAAGUAACAAAGAAAUCAGUACUCAGGAUAAUUAUUUAAAUUUCAGCUUUUUGAAUUUUUGGAGAUUACUGGACAAUUCACUUAAAACAAAAUCUUAUCCACCUUCAUUUUUGAUAUGGCAGAAAUACUGGGUUUAUUUUCAUACUUGACUGCUUAGAUAAUUUACAUCUGUGCCAAACUGGCUUUUUCAGAAUGGUAAAAUUAAUUCUGAGUGUAUUAGAUAUGAUGAAAAACAUUUAAAAAAUAAAGACCUAGUGUUGUUUUAAAUAAAA